AUGGCGCAAACAGACUACAAAUUUGAAGGCUGGAUGGGUCUUGACCCUAGUGCCGCAGAGGGCAAGAUGGUCUGGCAAGAAUUCCAGCCGAAAGAGUGGGAGGAGACCGACGUUGAUAUCAGAGUCUCUCACUGCGGCAUCUGUGGUUCUGAUAUACACACUCUGCGGAGUGGCUGGAGACCCACCGCCUACCCCUGCUGCGUGGGCCACGAGAUUGUCGGCACGGCUGUGCGCGUCGGUAGCAAGGUAUCCGACAUCCAGAUCGGCGACCGGGUCGGCGUCGGCGCACAGAGCGAGUCCUGCCUCGGCCGUCUAGGCGAUUGCGAGGAGUGCGCAUCAGGCCAGGAGAACUACUGCAGCAAGAAGGUCGUCGGCACGUACAACAGCAUCCACUACGACGGCAGUAAGUCGUACGGCGGGUAUGCGCGGUACAACCGUGUGCCCGGCCACUUUGCUAUCAAGAUCCCCGAUGGUAUCUCCUCGUCUGAUGCUGCGCCUAUGUUGUGUGGCGGCGCCACCCUUUACAGCCCGCUUAAGCAUAAUGGCUGUGGUCCUGGCAAGCGCGUGGGAAUUAUUGGUGUUGGCGGACUGGGUCAUUUUGGCUUGUUGUUUGCUAAGGCUAUGGGGGCUGAUAAAGUGGUUGCUAUCUCGCGGAAGAUGGGGAAGAAGGAGGAUUCGCUGAAGAUGGGGGCGGAUCUUUAUAUUGCGACUGACGAUGAGCCGGACUGGGCUACAGUUAAUGCUCGGUCUUUGGAUUUGAUUGUUUCGACUGUCUCGUCUACUAAGAUGCCUUUCAAUGAUUACCUGGGUCUGCUGAAGACUGGUGGAUCUUUUGUGCAGGUCGGUCUUCCUGAGGAUGGUGGGCUGUUCGCUCCUGUUCGAAGCUUGAUGCGUCGCCUGAAGUUGCAGAGCUCCCUUGUUGGUAGCCCUAACGAGAUCCGGGAGAUGUUCCAGCUUGUUGCUGAAAAGGGAAUUCGCCCGUGGGUGCAGGAAAUCCCGAUGAAGGAUGCGAAUAAGGCGAUUGUGGAUAUGGAGGAUGGUAAAGCCCGCUACAGAUAUGUGCUGGUCAACGAGUAA